AUGCGCAGGCGAUUGGGGCUAUCUAUUGAUGUCGCUUCAGGAGUUGAAGCCCUUCAUUCAGUCGGUAUACUACACGAUGACAUCAAACCACGAAAUAUUUUGGUCUUUCAGGAUGAAGAACAAUCACUUUCCACCUUCGUGACACGAAAGACUUUUGGGGAAAGUGCAGCUAAGCAAGAAAUCCGGCGAAGGAAUAUGGCUUGGGUCGACACCCAGAAACUACGCAUGCUACGCACGUCACAACCAAAUAUGGAAGGCAACAUCGACACUGGUCACUUAGAAGUAGAUGGGGACUGGAUAACUCUGAAGAAUGACACAUUGAAAAGUCAAGCUGGUGAACAGCUAUUCCAUGAUUUUGUCGAUCAGAUGACGUCCGGAGAGCCCACGAAGCGACCUAGCAACACAUACCAAGUCCUCCAGACUCUUCGGCAUAUCUUGCGAUUAGAGCUAAGGGUCAUCUAUGAUUCUAACCAGCGUCAAGAAAGGCGAGACGAGGAAAAAAUGGCUUCAAUGUGGAGACGAUUUAAUCGACGAAGCAUACAUGCAUAUUCGGCAACACCCACGUUAAAUCAUCAAGAAACUACAGCCAUCGUCUUAGAUUAUUUUUUGAAUGAAAAGAGUCACACCAACUUUUCUCGGGAAUUGCUUUUCCUUUGGAAAUUUGGCUCUAUAGCGAAAUUUUCACGGCAACACUGCUCGCCUUCCAAUUCUUCGAAACGGAGAGUGAAAGCUCCGAUAACUAAGGUGCAAUUUAAGUACAUUGCCGACUCACCUAGACAAGACAAGAUCCGUCGUGCUACUGCGAGUUUCGAAUAUGCGGUAAUGAUUCUGUGCUUCCCAGCUAUUUCCGAGGCCGAUUCUUCAUUGCUUCCUGGAGCACUUCACUAUCUCCAUUUAUCAGCGACGUUGGGUCAUCACGAAGCUCAGAGCAUGGUUGGUACAUUUUAUGAUAGCUUUGGUUUAAGAACUCCAAUCAGUCUCGAAGAGGAGACAGAACAAUUACUUCAGGCCUCACUGAAGGGUAGCAUGACCGCAAUGAGACGAUUGCGAAAGUUAGAUCCAUCCCGAUACAUAGAAGCUCGUCGCUUGAUCUCAUUUGAAUAUAAUGGCUCCUAUGUAAAAGGCGAGCCAUUGCCGGAAACAGAUGCAAUCAUUACAUUGAUCACCAAUGAUCUGAUGGAUGUUCCACCAACAUUCAUACACAAUCUUGCGGCGCAUGGUCAACUAGAAAGACUACGGAGGCUAUCCUAUCUACCCGUUGAAUAUUUUGAUGAGCAGAACGGCUUAGGUGAAACGCCAAUAGUGGUUGCAUGUCGUUGUGGCCACGCAGACAUUUUAGCACUUCUUCUUGCCUUAGGAGCAGACCCUUCAAUCGGAACAGAUCAUGGUGUCCACCCUCUACAUUUUCUUAGCGCUUUUAAUGACGGGGAUAUCCCACAGGUGGCCACUACUCUUGUACAACAUGGGGCAGCGCUUGAACCUCAUUCAUGA